AUCAUAACAGCUUAAAAAUGAUUUUUUUAAAUAUCAAUUGAAUUUGUUUCUACGCUAACACCAAGUUAAUUCGAAACCAAAAGGCUAAACUCACAUGCUGGUGACAUAAAAACUGCACAACAGAAUAAACUAAUCAGCAAUAUUAUAUCUAAUAAUCUGUGCUUCGUAACAAACCCACAUUGUAUCACCUCCAUUACUCUUUCUCUCACUCUCUCUUCUUCUUCUUCUUCUUUUACCUAAAUCUUUUUUCAUUCAAUUUCUCUAUAAAUCACAAUCCAAAGAAAUGAAGUAUAAGUGCCAUCUCAAACUAUGAAAGAGUGAAAGAUCACAAAUAGAGAUAUAAAGCACCUCCAGGAAUUCAUUUUAUAAAUUCGAUGGGGGAAUCACCUUCGUCUAGACUAUUAAAAGUUGUUGUGAACAUCUACAGUUGUUGUAGUACUCGGUUUGGAUUCUGAUAAGCUAUUUUAGAAUGGAUAAUUCAUUUCAGAAUAACAUUAUUUAAAUACCUGUUUUAACGUGCCAAUAUUAAAAGAGAUCUGCAUCUGAAAAGGUAUUCUUAAAGCCUAUAAUAGUUCAUCUUGGGGAUUACACUAAUGAGUACGUAUUAAAGCCUGCAAAUGCAACUAUGUCUUGGGCAUCUAAACAGGCAUUAAAAAAGACAUUAAUAGUUUUAAAAGCAUCAACCAACAAUCAACAUCUAAUAUUGUGAACCAAAAACUCUAUUGUCUCAAACAAAGAACAUCAGUCAAUUCAGAUCUUAGAGUAUUCACCCAAUUUCAGUCAAGAAAAGAUGAGGAAGAUAACCAAGUCUACUACAAUUGGGAAGCAACACAGAAAGUUUCAAACAAGUGAAGAUGAUUUGAGUCAUCAGCCAUUUAAAUUGCCGCGUAUUAAUGUGUCUACAAGUCAACGUGGAGCACCUUUCAGAGAUAUAACUAAUGUUGUGGGAAGUAGUUCAUCUUCUCGGAAUAACACAUUUCAAGUGAAUGAAUCAUGUCCCUCACAAGAUCAUAUAAUUCACACAAGUAGUAAUAAAAUGUUAGAUUUUAUAGAUUUAACGGAUGAAGGCUUUGCCGGAGUUCAUGCUCAAAAGUCUAUGAUUGCACAAGCUUUGAGUAGUAAAAGUUUCACUCCUGAAAUGAUGACAAUUGAUCCACUCAUUAUUAACUUAGAAGAAGCAGAAGAUAGCAAUCCUCUUCCAUCAAGUGCUUGCGAUGAAAGAUUACCUACUACACAUGAUGGCACAUUGGCUUCCUCAAUAAUGGAUUGCAAUCCAAUUCCAUCAGAUAUUGAAGAAGAAUCUGAAAAUUCUGACGAUGAUUCGACAGCUGAUAUGGAGGAGUUUUGCUCUUACAGUGCAACAAGUGGUAUGUGUCCUAAUUUGAACCCAAAAAAAAAUUAGAUUGAUUUUUUUUAAUUAAAUUUAUUGAUACAAUUUAAGAAGACUUUAAAUAUCCUACUCAUAAACUAUCUUUUUUUUUUUUUUUGGCAGAAUAUUGGGAUAUUGGUGACCCAAUAUAUACAUGUGAACAUUGUAAAGCAUACUUCUGGUUUGAAGAACGAUUAAACAAAAGUUACAAGUCCAAAACCCC